UAAAUCAAACUAGCCUGACAUGUUUGAUACCUAAUAUUGAGAAAACCGACAGCACAACUCAAAGUUACUUAAAGUUACACAUACAUUUAUGAGGAGUGGAGAAAAAUGCGUAAUGAUUUGUGACAAUGUCGCGAAAAAGUAUGCUAAGUUUAGAGUUGUUGUAAGGCAUAUACUCGGACAGCUAAGUUCUACUUCGGGGUAUGCUUGAUUUGUGAACUUUUAGUCGCUGUUUUGGCUCUCUUCCUUCUCCGAGUCAGUCGAGAACAACAUCGCUGCUGACAGGUGUAUAAAUGAAACAAAUUCGGUCGUGCAUUUCUCGUCACGUGACAAGGAAGAAACAAAUGCGCGGUGGUCAAGUUCUCCAAACAGUUCGUACACUGACUGUCAAGUUAUAACUACAUUACGGCAUAAAACUCACCACCUCAAUUCUAAAGUCGAAGUGGUGUUUUGUUAUUUCCACGCGAUAUUUUAGACCAAUAGUCUCGUCUUCGCAGUAAUGGAAAACAACUCAACAAAAUCAGCCGAUCUUCAAAGACCAAUAUCGGACAGGGUCAGAUUUAGUGUAGAAAGCGAAGCACGCACAGUUCAAUGUACUUGUACAAGUAUUCCACACAGAGUUGGAUACAAUUGGAACAAAGGCGGAAGGCUGAAGGAUUUAAGACUAAGGCACUUGGCAAGGAAGUUCUUCACAAUAUGGAUGCAGAACACCUUUGGUCAGAUCCUUCCUUAUGUUGCCAAGUGCCACUAUGAAAAUAUGCUGCAGAAACGAAUAUUUCAGGGAUGGAGAGACGAGUGGUGGGCGUCCAGAAAGGAAUGGAGUCUGUCCCUACGCGCAGAGUGUCAUCACAAGUAUCACCUGCUCCUUCUGACUUUCCAAAGAUGGCAAACAUUUAUUUCACUGCAAGACGAAAAGAAGAGCAAAAUACUUAAAGCUAAAUUGUUCGAUAACAGGCGACGGAUGCGUCAUUUUUGGCACAAGUGGGAGAAUUUUGUCCAGAUGCGUCGGCUGAAAAGAAGAAGAAAUCAAUCAGCCCGAGAAAAGCACAGACGCACACAUCUUCGGUCAUUGUGGCGGUUGUGGCAGAUUAAGUAUCAACAGCAUCAAAACAUUUGCACAAUGGAGGACCAAGCCUUGAAGCUCCGGACAGUGAAUCUACAGAGCAGGGCUUUUCUUCAGUGGAAAGAGAGGCACGCUGCUGUUUGUUCCCAAAGAGAGAAUGAAUCCAAAGCCUCUCUUCACUACAUCAGCAGCGGGAAAAAGAAAUGGCUGAUUCAGUGGCGAACUGUUGUCUCCUCUCGCCAGCACAAGAAACAGUUGCAAGCUGUGGCUAUGCACACCGCCCAUCUUCUCUUGAUGAGGCAGAGCUGGGAAGUGUGGAGGAUUGCGUGGCGUCGAAAACACAGCGAGGAGGAGCGUUUGAAAGGGGCGGAGCAGCUGACCAUUCGGUGCGCUCAGCGUCGAGCCGUGUUAAAAUGGAGGGCGUAUGUGACAGGGCGCAAAGAAAAAGCAGGCCGAGACCAGAUGGCCAGUCAACACCACCAUCAGCACCUGCAGCGUGCAUUACUGCAGGUUAUGUCGUUCAACGUGAGCCAGAACAGAGCACGGCGUCUGAACAACGAGGUGGCUGUCCAACAUCAUUACCAGACUGUGAUCAAUAGAUAUUGGUGGCUGUGGAAGGACAGGCUGGAAGAGGCUGAAGAUGAACCUUUCCAAGCCCUGACAGACAUGGCGCUGACCAACUACCGCAUGACCCUGUUGAGUCGCUUUUACGACCACUGGAGGGAGAAACUCGCACAGCAAAGACACAUGCAGGAGCUGGAGUGGCGUGCGGAUAUCUGGUUUGCAGAGCACUUGUUGCCACGAUACCUGAACUCCUGGAUUGAGUUUACUCUGCAGAAAAGGCUGAAGACAGACAGGAGACGCAGGGCGGAUGUUUACAAUAUGCAGCGCCUGUGCACCUGGGUGUUGCACACCUGGCAGGAACGGGCGGAGAAACACAAAGACGAGAUGCUGUCACAGCGAAUGGCCAUUCUUCACGAAGAGCAAAGUCGUCUGCAGAGAGUCUGGGCUCGCUGGAGGCAGCGGACCCAGCAGCGGAUGGGAGAAGAGAAAGAGAAGAGGCAGGAGCAAAAGUGUUCUCUUGUCCCUGUGAAACAGCAAGAAGACGCCAUUACAGAGUUGCCGGACAGUGAGCAGCAGGCUUGUCUUCAGGGUGAUCUGUGCUGCAUGAGAAGGGCUCUGGCCAGGUGGAAAAAGUUUGUCCAGAGACAGAAGUUGAAGACAAGAAAGCUGGAGCACAAGCAGCAUUGCCAAGAAAACCAAGUCAACAAGCAGAGCGUUGUGACCUGGGAGGUCCAGCACAACAUGUCUAAGAAGACUGUGGAAGCACUCUGGCAUUGGGCCCUCACUCUUCAAGCCAAGGUUUUCCUGGCUUGGAGAGAAAAAACUAAGUGUGUGGUAUUUGAGCAGCACCAACAGAGGGAAGCACUCAGCAUGGCUCAAAGUAUUUUAAAUCAAAGCAAGAAUCAACCACACACAGAGGUGCUGCUGCAGUUGGAGACAACGGGCACAGAGAAAGCCCAGAGGCAUCAUGACAACAGAUUGCUGCGUAAUGCACUGAGGGCAUGGAAUGAGUAUCACCAUGCUCACCUCAAGUACAAGGUCCAGCACAACUUUUCUGAGAAGACACAGCUAGCACUCUGGCAUCGGGCCCUCACUCUUCAAGCAAAGGUUUUCCUGGCUUGGAGAGAAAAAACGAAGUGUGUGGUGUUUGAGCAGCAUCAACAGAGGGAAGCACUCAGCCUGGCUAAAAGUGUUUUUAAUCAAGUGGAGCUGCUGCAGCGGAAGACAACGGGUACAGAAAAAGCCCAGAGGCAUGACACAAAUGUGCUGCGUAAAGCACUGAGGGCGUGGAUCAAGCAUCACCACGCUUGCCCUAAGUACAAGGAACCGAGGCUGGAGCAGAUGCAGCAUUGCCAGGAAAACCAAGUCGCCAAACAAAGCUUUGUGUCUUUGGAGGUCCAGCACAACUUUUCUGAAAAGACGGUGCAAGCACUCUGGCAUUGGGCCCUCACACUUCAAGCCAAAGUGUUUGAUGGAUGGAGGCUGUGGGUCGCAAAGCAACGUUGGAAGAGGUUGAAAGUGGCAGAAGCUGCUGAGGUGCUGCAGCGGAAGGCAACGGGUACAGAAAAAGCCCAGAGGCAUCAUGACACAAAUGUGCUGCGUAAAGCACUGAGGGUGUGGAUCAAGCAUCACCACGCUCGCCCUAAGUACAAGGAACCGAGGCUGGAGCAGAUGCAGCAUUGCCAGGAAAACAAUGUCGCCAAACAAAGCUUUGUGUCUUUGGAGCACAACUUUUCUGAAAAGACGGUGCAAGCACUCUGGCAUUGGGCCCUCACUCUUCAAGCCAAAGUGUUUGAUGGAUGGAGGCUGUGGGUCGCAGAGCAACGUUGGAAGAGGUUGAAAGUGGCAGAAGCUGCUGAGGUAGACAAAGAACCGCCUCAGACAGUUGGCGUGAUGUGCGUCCCAGCCAUUGGAGAUCACAUGACCGAUAUGAUGCUGCUUACUGAGAGUGUGGUGAGGCGUUGCGCCAUGAGGUGGAAGCAACGGGCCCUUUGCAAACCAAAGGUGACAGAAGGUCAAGUACUGGCAAAGACAGUGACCUUGUCUUUUUCAGAAUUGAAAAAGGAUUCUCCAUCUGAACAGUAUGCGGACAACAUGGAGCUACUAUCCCCAAUUAUACGUCGACAGCCACGUCGAAAGAAGGAGCUGUUUGAGCCUCCAUUAAAAGUGUUACCACAUGAAGUUUUGCCUGCCGCAGGACUUUUGGGGCACACUUGCCUAUCACAGACAUAUCUUCCUGGGCUGUUUUCUGCCUCCCUCCAUCAUCCUUCCAUCUCUUCCUCUGCUGCGCAUCAAAGUGGAGAUGUGCAGCAGUUCUCCCCCCACAAAACAUCAAUCCCCACUGAAGACACACCGCCGACAUCCUGUGACCUGUUACUGCCUCCUGCUGCUUUCAUGAGCAUAGAAAAGUUGGGACACAUGCAACCAAAUGAAACCAGUGGAGAAUAUGAUGUGAUGUCAUCCCUGAUGAGCGAGCUAAUGAGCAUCCAGCAGGAUAUGAGGAGUUUCCAGCAGGACAGGAAGCUGCUCAGUUUCUGCCAGAAUACGAGAGACAUCUUGCACAUUUGGCUACAGACGAGUGGAAAAGACGAGGAGGUGGAUAAAAAUACAAUUUGUCAACAGCUGGUGGAGAUAGAGGAGUACAUCGAGAGACUGUCCAGUGAGCUGACAAAGCAAAGGCUUUCAAUGCGCUUGCAUGCAGAACGGCUCAGACAUUUACAAGCUGCCCUCGACUCCUCAGGUUUUUUUUCCCUUUGUCAGCAAGUGCAGAUGUAAAAGACUGAGCAGUUUGCUCCCAAUUGCAGCUGUCUUGUCAGUUAUUGUAGAUGUUCUGUAUUUGUUUCUCCAUGUUUGUACAUAACUGUUUUGCCUGUUUUAUACUCUAUAUACUAAGGAAUGACAAUAAAGCUUUAUUAGACCCUUAGUACUAAAGGUCUUAGUGGCCUAAAGGUCUAAUGAAACGGCAUUGUUAAUUAUUA